AUGAUUUAUAAUCGAAGAAUCUGGAAAUCUGUAUUUCAUCUAACACCUCGAUAUUGUUUCUUUUAACCUCCAUAAUUUGAUGUUAUAACAAAGACUACUAUAAAAUUCUAAAUUGCUCACCUGCGGAUCCAGAACAAAAAAUAAAACAAGAAUAUUAUAAAUUAGCAAAAUAAUACCACCCUGACAUCAAUAAAGGAAAUGAAGAGAAAUUUAAAUAAAUAAAUGAAGCAUGGGAUGUACUAAAUCCAAUUUAAUUAUUAGGUAUUAUCUGAUAAACAUAAAAAAUAAUAAUACGAUUCUGCAAGAUCCUAUAGCAAUAAUAAUGAAACAAGUUUUAGAAAUGAUUAAGAACAUGGAUAAUAAUAGAAUUAUGAAGAAUUUAUUAGAAAACAAGGUCCAAAUGGGUUUUAUCAAUAAUAUACAUAUAGAAGUAAUUACUUAAAAUUUAUAUAAGGUAAUAGUGAUUCCUAACAAUUUUCAAAAUAAUAAAUGGAAGAAAUGUAAAGAUAAGCUUAAGAAUUUAUGAAUUUGUUUUAAAAUGGCCAAUUCACUUAGUUCUCUUCAGCAUUUAGAUAAGCCACAAAAGGAGAUCCAAAAUUUAAUAAGGUUCAUACAU